UGCUGGGAGUUGUGGUUUUGCAGCGGUUGGGGGUUCGCAGCUUAGAGACCACUGCUAUAGAGGGUGCAAAUGUAUCCGAGCCCUGGAACUCAAAUAAUGUGAAAUAUGAGAUGAUCAAAAUGGAGCCCCUGCACUAAUUACUUGGGUUCUGGGGUCUGUAAGGUCCAUAGUAGAAACAUCAGGUUCUGUCCAUAGCAGAUACUAAAUCAUGGCAGCUCUAAGAAACAAGCAGUCAUCGUGACAUCAGACAUGUGAUGUCAUAGACAGCUGGAGUCCUGACAUUCCACUGACAGCCGCCCGAGCCUUCAUUCUGUAGAUUGUUACAGUGCGAUUAGCAACUUCUAUUUCUUCUUCUUGACUGAGAUGGAGCUAAAAGGUUUGGGGUUCGUCCCCCUUCUGUUGGCGUUUUGGUGUGUGGCCUGGCUUGCCACCAGCUACAUCGUGACGGUCGUCCUCGGCCAUGCCGCCUCGCCACUGAUGCACAUCAGUGACGUGGGAAAUUUCUUUCCCGAAAACAUAUUAUUGAGAAUUGGUUUCAUAGGGACGUCCAUUGGCACUUUGGUACUAACCUUUCUUAUUUAUAAGUAUAUGGUUAUGCAUACUGAAGAGUUCAGGGGUCAUCAGGUCCUGAUCCAGAGGAUCCUGCUCGCCAUUGUGUGGGCCUCCUGUUUUGGUACAGCUGUCAUGCAUGUAUUGUCCCCCGAAGAAUAUCCCAGGAUACACUUUGUCAGCACGAUAAUUUCCAUUACAUGUGAAGCCUUAUACUACCUUGGGCAGUCCAUCCAGAUGUAUAAAUUACCAGGAGCAAACAAAGUCAUCCGCCAUAGUAGAUGCACCUGCUGUGGCCUGGCUUUUACCUGCGCAAUUUUCUACUUUGGAUAUAAAACAUUACAGGAAUUAUUCUAUGAUGAUGAAGACUGGGACGAGAUCCGUGAAAUCACCACCAUAAUCAUCGAGUGGGUGAUGCUUCUACUGAUCCUGAUAAACAUCGUGACCUAUUAUUCCACCAUGCAGAGGUUAAUGUUAACCGUCUCCAGGAACAGCUGCAAACUCUCUCUUAGAGUAAGAAUUGAUGACUUCGGGGUGUAGACCACCACGGGGGCCAUCAAGUGGACUUCUGGGAGAGAUACUGCACAGGACACGGAAAAACCAUAAAA